UUUAUUCUCUACUAGAAAUACAAAGUUGCUUUUACAACACGAAGAAAUAUAUUUUGGAAUAUUUUAGAGCUUCUGUCGAUAAAUGCUCUCAAAUAGCGAUCUAAACAUAAACGCAAACACUACCCGGAAUCCUUUUAUGCGACACAAGGGAUUAAUGGCUGCAGUCAGUAACGUUAUACGGAUCUUCUCUCAUUGUUUACAUUUAGAAAUGAGAUGGCAAGUUAGUCUUCAUGUUUUCAUUUGGCUCUACUCCUGUUUGCACCUCAAGGACAACCAAAUGACUGAGGAGGUAUAACGCCAGGAGAGCCUAAAGGCCAGAAAAAGAAAACUUCAACUGAGGACCAUCGCAGGGCGUACAAUGUUUGGUGUACCUCAAAGCUCCAAGUCUGAGUUCCUGGACAAAGCCAGGCAGGCCAGAGAGGAGAGGAAAGGACUGAAGGAGAAGGAGAGAGCAGCAAUUCAUAUCCAGGCCCUGGUCAGGAAAUUUCUCUGUCGCUGCAGACUUCAGAAGGAAAUAAGGAAAGAGGUUGAUGACUAUUUUAAAGCCUCUGAAACUGGGACGUCAAAAAGAAAUGCACUUUCAAUUUUCAAAAUUGCUCGAAAAUUACUGUUCAUAUAUUGCCAAGAGGAUAAAAUGAGGUUUGAGAAGCUGUGUCGUGCUAUUCUUGCCAGCAUGGAGGUGGAAAAUGAACCUAAAGUCUGGUAUGUGUCCUUGGCUCUCUCCAAAGACCUCACCAUUCCCUGGCUCAAACAAAUAAAAGAUGUGCUGUGGACCUGCUGUCAGCUGCUGAAGAAUUUAAAGCCUGACAUACUUCAAGACAAUAAAUUGGUAACACUGUACCUUACCAUGCUGGUGACUUUCACAGACACUUCAACCUGGCGGAUAGUCAAAGGGAAAGGAGAUGCUCUUAAACCGGCUUUGACAAAGAUUUGUGAAAAUAUCAUGGGCCACCUCAAUCAAAAGGGAUUCUAUUCAGUACUGCAGAUCUUGCUGACCAAUGGCUUGGCUCGCUCUAAACCAUCUCUCUCCAAAGGCACUCUUACAGCCAUCUUCACUUUGUCAUUAAGGCCAGUUAUUGCUGCACACUUCUCCGAUAACCUGCUAAGAUCAUUCCUCAUUCACAUCAUGUCAGUUCCAGCUGUUGUAUCCCACCUCAGUGUGCUUACUCCAGAGUGUACUGCAUCCAUCCAGACUCAUGAUCUCCUGCGGAAGUUCAUUUUGUUUCUCAGUCGGGAAGAACAGUGUUCGGACAUCUGUGUGUGUCUCGAGGGAAGUCACACACUCUGCUUACUUGGCAACCUGAUUCACUUGGGUUACCUCAAUGAGAAAGUCCUUGAAGAGGAGGCCAGCCAUUUUGUGAAGGACCUGACUGACAUUCUGUCCUACUGCCAGAGAUAUGUAUCCCAAAAGAAGUCCAACCUUACCCACUGGCACCCCGUUCUGGGCUGGUUCUCACAAACCGUAGACUAUGGUCUGAACGAGUCGAUGCCAUUGGUCACUAAACAGCUUCAGUACCUGUGGAGUGUUUCUGUCAUUCGAACACUCUUCAGUGAUGUCCUUUCUAAAAAGCUGGAGAGUCAAGAACCCACUCCCCCACCUCCACAGCCUAGCACAUCACAAAACAAUCUGCCAGUUAAAAAUCUCUUCAAGCGAGCAUUUCAGAAGUCAGCUUCUGUAAGAAACAUCCUGAAACCAGUGGGAGGGAAGCGGGUUGAUUCAGCUGAAGUUCAGAAGGUGUGCAGCAUCUGUGUACUGUACCAGACUGCUCUGUCUACACUGACACAAAUACGCCUCCAGAUACUCACUGGUCUGACACAUCUUGAUGACCUCUUGCCUAAGCUUUGGGCUUUUAUAUGUGAGCUUGGUCCUCAGGGAGGCCUCAAACUCUUCAUGGAGUGUCUGAACAAUGACACCGAAGAGUCCAAGCAGCUCCUGUCUAUGCUCAUGCUCUUCUGUGACUGCUCACGGCACCUCAUCACAAUUCUGGAUGACAUUGAAGUCUAUGAAGAGCAAACAUCUUUCAAGAUUGAGGAACUCAUCACUAUCUCAUCAUUUCUGAACACAUUUGUGUACAAGAUGAUAUGGGAUGGCAUCUUAGAAAAUGCUAAGGGGGAGAAGCUGGAGUUGUUCCACAGUGUUCAUGGCUGGCUGAUGGUACUUUAUGAACGGGACUGCAGACGAAGGUUCACCCUCGAUGACCACUGGCUACGCAAGGACCUGAAGCCCAGCCUGUUGUUUCAAGAGCUUGAAAAAGGGAAGAGAAGGGCCCAGCUGUUAUUGCAGUACAUCCCACAUGUCAUUCCACAUAAAAACAGGGUGUUGCUUUUCAGGAACAUUGUUACAAAGGAAAAAGAAAGUUUAGGAUUGAUAGAAACAAGCUCUGCAUCACCACAUGUCACCCAUAUUACCAUUCGUCGCUCAAGGAUGUUGGAGGAUGGGUAUGACCAGCUCCGUCGGUUACCAGUGAAUUCUAUUAAAGGUGUCAUUCGUGUGAAGUUUGUUAAUGAUCUGGGAGUGGAUGAGGCUGGUAUCGAUCAGGAUGGUGUCUUCAAAGAGUUUCUAGAGGAGAUCAUUAAGAAAGUGUUCAAUCCUGCACUCAACCUGUUCAAGACUACAAGUGGAAAUGAAAGGCUGUAUCCUUCACCCACAUCGUACAUCCACGAGAACCACCUGCAGCUGUUUGAGUUUGUGGGGAAGAUGCUCGGGAAAGCCAUAUAUGAGGGCAUUGUUGUGGACGUCCCUUUUGCCUCCUUCUUCCUCAGUCAAGUCUUGGGUCACCACCACAGCACUUUCUACAGCUCCAUUGAUGAGCUUCCCUCUCUGGACUCUGAGUUUUACAAGAACCUCACUUCCAUCAAGCGCUAUGAUGGAGAUGUAGGGGAUCUAGGACUGACAUUAUCCUAUGAUGAGGAUGUUAUGGGGCAGCUUGUCUGUCACGAGUUGAUACCUGGGGGGAAAACCAUGCCUGUCACCAAUGAAAACAAGAUUAGCUACAUCCAUCUCAUGGCUCACUUCCGGAUGCACACGCAGAUUAAAGAGCAAACGGCAGCUUUCAUCCGAGGCUUCCGCAGCAUCAUUAACCCGGAGUGGCUGCACAUGUUUUCCACACCUGAGGUUCAGCGUCUUGUCUCAGGAGACAAUGCUGAAAUUGAUCUAGAUGAUCUCAAGAAACACACAGUGUACUAUGGAGGUUUUCACAGCAGCCAUCGUGUCAUCAUCUGGCUGUGGGACAUCCUGUCCAGUGACUUCAGUGCUGAAGAGAGGGCUAUGUUCCUUAAAUUUGUUACCAGCUGCUCAAGGCCACCUCUUCUAGGUUUUGCUUACCUCAAACCACCUUUCUCCAUCCGUUGUGUCGAAGUUUCAGAUGAUCAGGACACUGGAGAUACCCUCGGCAGUGUCCUCAGGGGCUUUUUCACUAUCCGCAAGAAGGAGCCUGGUGGUCGGCUUCCCACUUCAUCAACGUGCUUCAACCUGCUCAAGCUGCCCAACUACAGCAAGAAGAGCAUCCUGCGUGACAAGCUGCGCUAUGCUAUCAGUAUGAACACGGGCUUUGAGCUCUCCUAAAUUGGUUGCAUCAUGACAGUCUGCACAGGAAUACUGUGGUAAGCAGCCUGAACCAAGCAAGAGGCUCAGUUCACCUGGACUGGAGCCUGUCACAUCAAAGGGGCGUCGCCUAAACAAAAGGUGAAUCAUGAAGGAUCCACAAACGCUCCUUUUGUCUCUUUUUAAAACUGCAUGAGCUCUGCUCAACUCACUCCCUCACAUCAAAGGGGAUGCUGUUUCUGCAGCACAAUCCAAUUUUAAGCAUCUCCAGCUGCCACUCCACAAAUUCAAUAUGCCAUGUAUUUAACUUGAUGAAAUAUGGAUAUGCAGCGGCUAGAUUUGUUUCUCAGGCUUACCAGAAUCAUUCUUGGAUUGAAUGCUCCCAUUUUAAGCAAACAGGGAAGCAAUACAGAUGCAAAGCAAGCCAUUAGAUGUGGUCAAUUUACUGGAGUGAAACCAAGCAAUGCAUUUAAUAUAUUUACAAGCUUGGACUCCAUUAUCAAAGCAACUUUUAGCUUAUAGUUAAAAUGUUUGCUGAAAAGGAUGGAUCUUUCAUUAAUGGAAGACAAAUCAAUGUCUUGCAUUCAACCUCCAUGAAGGAGGUUCAUAACUGACACUGUGUUAAAUACAUUAUGUCCCAUUUCAAGAUGUUGACCUCAUUCCAUUUCUCCUUGCUAAAAGACACUGGAGUCAUCUGAGAGAAGCGUUGGCCCUGUGAUUUGUAUGUUCUGGGUCUGCUUUUGUGUGAUUUAGAAAAGAUAUCCUUGCUGUAGCAUCUUUUACCCUUGAGGAGAAAGAACUGGAAAUGUUUUGUCACUAUUUGGAUCUGCCCAAUAGAGCAGCUACGGCUGCUGUGUUCAUGUCACACAUCUGUUCUAGUCCUCCACAAACAAAUAGACGAGUGAAGUCAAUCAGUGAUGUUAGUCUUUGUAUUUAAAGCUGAAGAUUUCUCACUACUGACCUUUGAAUAAUGCUGAGUGCCUCAUGUAUCGCCACUCCCCUCACUAUCACGUCUGACUGUAUUUCAACUGUAACCAGAAACCAUAUAUUGGAAGCAAGCCAUAGAAACGGGGGCUACAAACCUAGACCAUUUCUCUGCGCAUACUAACAGAACAGCGCCGAAUCUCAACCACUGUUCUACCACUACAAUAGCAACAGCCGAGGAGGGUUUUUACUACAGUGCUCUCUGAUCUCUGUGGACUUUUUAAGCCAUGUGGAAAAGAAGUUGAGGUUUAAAUGCCUCUCAACAUGAUGUCAUGGACUGGUUUCUGACUGCUUCAUUUGAUGUUCCCUUGGAUGGAAAUGCUGCACACAUUUUCUGCUGUUUGUGGCUGUUGGGGAAACGGACAUGAGAGUGAAUGCUACCUUAUAAGCCUAAAUAUUACUUCACACAGGGUUCAACUGCAUCAUAAAGUUAUGGAAGAGACUUUUUAAUCAUUUACCAGAAAAAGGAGUGCAACUAUUGAAGAAUGGGUUAUAAAGAAAAUAUCAACUAUUUACCAAGUUCUUAUGCAAAAAAAAGAAGAAAUGUUUUCUGUAAUGAAUGAGAAUAGAUACUUUUGUUAAUAACUAAUACAUCUCUAGAACAUAUUGGUAAUUGUUGCCAUGUUUCUAACUAUUAAAAUGACUAAUAACUAGUGUGAAAACAAAAAAUGGAGGAUCUCAUGUCAGCUCUCCUCCUUUUAAGCUGUUCAAGCAAAAAGUGAAAACACUGCGAAUGGAUUGACUUGACACACACUACACUGGGUGAGUGUUAGUUUUUAAAAGAGAUGAAAGAUACCUCACAAACUUAUCCGUCUCGUCUUGAUGAGGUCUCUCAUCUGUUUAAAAUGAUGUCAAUGUAGGCUAGACUUUCAAUGUGGACUGCUGGUGUUGGCUAUCGAUGCUUUUACUACAAAUAAAUAAAUACACACUUUCACGGAAAUUUUCCCAGCCAACCUGCAAAGGUUUCCAUCUCUUUUUAAAAGUGUCUUUGGGACAGACUGCACUACAGUUAUGGAGUGUGUUGUAAAAAAAAUGUAACAUUUGUCCAUCUGUAAGAUAAUUUUCCUGUAAUGUUAAAUCAUGUA